AUGGCCAACCGCGAGGAUUGGUUCAAAGCGGCAGCUAGCGGUGACAGCGCAUAUAUCGCUCAGCAUUUGGAGGCUGGGAAGGGGUCGCUGACCGAUCGGCAGGAGACGGCUAUGAUGUUCGCGGCCCAGGCCGGCCACGAGGCCGUGGUCCGAAUUCUGCUUAAUUACGAGACCCUCUACGUCAACCAAGACGGUGACACGGCCCUUAUGCUAGCUGCACGCCAGAAUAACGCCACCAUCUGCAAACUCCUAGCCACACGAGAGAGGACAAUCCUGAAUUCUGCAAAUCGAGACGCAUGCGUAGAAGCCGUUCUUGCAGGGGCAUAUCAGGCUUUUACAGUGCUCUACGAGCAAGCAGAACUAUCCUCUGAUCAUAAUGGUAUGACCGUCUUGGACUAUUCUUCAAGGAUGAAGGAUUUAAGGUAUUUACGUGCUUUGCUUUCACGGAGCGACCUUCCGAUAGGUUGUGUUUCAAAUACGCUAGCUCUUGCACUCAAUGAGCAAAGUCUCCAGGCUGCUCAUCUUUUAGAGGCGUAUCUUGCCAAUCCUAGAAGCGUAUCACCGUCGCGUAAGGCAAGCGUGCCAGCAGAGCCUGCUUCCCCAACAAGAUGUACUUUAGAAGAAGACGAUCGCGCUUCCACAAGCCCUCAUAUGCAUGCAAUGCCCAUAGUUUCUGCUGCCGAUGCACGCACCGGAGUCCAAAUUCCGGUGACCAUCCCCUCGACUAUCACCCCUCUUGUUGUCGAUCCCCCCAGUAUUCUAGCAAGCGCGCCCACUUCUGUCCCCUCAGACCCCAAUUAUACUCCCGCGUAUGAAGGACUACCCUCUAAUGCUAACGACUUAAGAAUACAGCUCUUCAAUAGGUUAUCACUGGAAGGCCUCACACACAUUUCGGAUGAGACCAUAUUAUUCUUGGAGGCUCUAUGCGAUCAAGCCUCUAAGGCUCAGCAGUACAGGGACCAACUUGAAAUCGAGAUGAAUAGCUUUGAACAGGACCGCGCAGCUCUUCUGCAGCAGCUAGAUGACAUGCGACUACUUGUCAGCCAAUAUGCAGAGGAAGAGAGUGCACGUCCAGCUGUCGACUGCUCUGCAGCACAAGUCCAGGCUUACGAGCCAAAAUCCCCAAUACAUCUGGACAUCAAUGCGAAGCUGCAGCGAGCAAGAGAAGCAUUAAGGCUAUCCUAUAGAAGGUUAAAUAUUCGCAAAGCUGAAGCAGCCACGUACAAGGCCAUGAAGGAUGUAGCAGUCCAUAGUCUAGGGCCGCUUCUGGAUGCCUACGGGUUUGUGUCAGCAGUUUCACUCCAGCCCUUCAUGAAGAACGUACGGGAAUUUGAGAAGUAUAUAGAAACGGCUUUAAGUUCUUCUGAAAAGGUCGAGGAAGUUAUACCUCCUUUGAUCAAAAAGGGAACUUGCUGCCUAGAGGAUUUAAACGAGAUUUUCCUCUCAAUAUUAGAGUCCACACCUAAUGCUUCAGACUUCCUAUCUCUCGAUGCUCACAGAAAAGGUGCCAUCAAGCCCUUAGCUGUUGAUUUAUCCGUUGGGUCGUCUCUCAGCUCGUCAUCUCAACGUGUGGUAUCGCCCCAAACAAAUUCACCACCGGCACGUUUGCAGCUGUCUGCAUAUACUGCUGAAAAGGAAAGGGAUAUGAUAGAGAAAAUGAUUGUUAGCAAGAUCACCCCCACUUCUGUUGGUCUUACAGUUACUGACCUCCACAACGAACGAGAUGGCUCCAGCAGCAUGAAGCAGUCUGCAAACGUUGGGACAGAUGAACCUGAGAAGCGCUCUAUCAACUUGGAUACGAGUAACUUACUUGGAUCUGCACGGGCCUCUGCCUCAAAGCGUGAAGAUGAGCCAUGUGUCGAAUGUCAAAGCCUCAAAAUACAAUUGGCAAAAGUCAGAAAUGAUCAUGUAAUGAUUCAGAAUGAGUACAUGAUCCUAGAGGCGAAGCUCGACGAAGUACAGAAGGCCUCCGUUAGGGAGCUCAGUGAUUUGGCUGAGAAGCUAUCAGCUAGCAAUGAGACCAUCCAGAAUCUCAACAAUGAUCUGGAUGCGCUUAAAGAUAUAUCCAACAGAGAUCACAUCACAAUUGCCGACCUGCGUACUCAGCUGGCCGAGAAACAGCAGGAAUUAGAUGAUGCGCAUACAGACUACGAGCUAUCAAAGGAAAAGAUAACCUCUCUUACGUCGAGACUAGCUGCUCUAGAUACCACCUUUACUGCCCCAACAUUUCUCGAGGCAAAUAACGGAUCAUUUAAUACUAGGAUGUCAGAGGCUAUUAAGCAGCCUGACCAUGUAUCAAAGGAUAACUUCUUCUCGCUCAUAUCUAUGAAUGGCGGCUCCAGACGAGAAAGUGAUGCAUCCGAGCUCUGCAUUCAGAUAGAAUCUCCUCAAGGGCCCAAACGCAUUGACUCUGCAACGUCACCCGGGCAUGCAACAUCACUUUCAAAUGCCCUGGAUUCUGAUAGUGCCCUUAAAUUCGCAACCAUUCCUCGCAUCCCUGAUAUGCGGCAACGGCCCCAUCGGUUGAAUACUGACGUCAGUGAUGCUACUUCUAGCCAGAACACACAUCAUACCAACCCGCUGAGAGAUUCUGAGGAUAAUGUCAAUACAGAGACUGUUGCCAUGGACAUUCAGGCGGUGUUAUCGCCCCAGCAGGUUGUUGUUUCUCGUAGCAGAAGUCGGGUCCCUGAUGCUGUCCCUCGCGUACCAACCGCUUCAUCUCGAAAAUCUGUUAAGCUCGACUCACUCGAGCAGGAUGUUUCUAGAUUAACUCAGGAACUAAGGGAUGCCAGAGAAGCGGGGAAGGUAGCCACAGGAAAACUUCAAGAGAUAGGGGCGUUCUCUAGACGAGUGAGUCUCCAAUAUGGUUGUGUCCCUCCGGAAAUGCCUGCUCCUAUAGCGGGAGCAGGAAUAAAUGGAUUAGGCGAGUCAAUCAUCCGAGACAUUGUAUCUCUGGAAGCAAGGCUUAAUCAGGUGAGCCUUUAUAACCUGUACGACGAGGAACUCCGGACUAUCUAUGCUGAACUAAAGGUUGGCGGGUAUCUUUCGUCUUCAGCUGGAGACUUAGUUCUGGAGGAUUUUGUUCGUUCAAGAGGGCUUUCUAAGGCAGUCUCAAUCUCACUCAAAACCGUUUCUGACAUGAAAACAGCGUUGGAAAACAAGGACCGGAUUCUGUCCGAAAUCUCCACCGGUAUGAGCGAUUUAGAUGCAAUCAUCUCAUCACAACAGAAGACAAUAAGUGAGGAUAAAGUGCAAAUAGAAGAGUGCACAAAAACACUAGCGGCACAAGAAUCUUUAGUGUCUAGCCUCAAAGUCUACUUACAGGAUCUUGGUGCUGCCAUUUUCUCUAUAGAUUCCAUAGAAAGGGAAACCGUUGAUAUGUCUGAGUUUCCUAAAAAUGCCUCUGAGAUUUUCACCUGCCUUACAUCAACUGUGGAAGCACACUCAGCAAUCUGCAAAGAAAAUGCGCUAACUGCACAAGAAAAGCUUUGCAAGCUACAAGAGUUAUUAGACAAGAAGGAAGAGGAGCUUCUAUGGAUGUCACAAGCAUCCAAGAAAAGCGAAGAGACAGUUGCAGCACUCACUACAGAGGUUGCUGCGUUAAAGGACUCUGAGCGCAAUGCAAUUUUGCAGGAGAAAAACCUGGCAAUAUCUCUAGACGAGGCCCUGGAGAAGAUCAAAGAUUUGGAGCGUAUAACAAGUCUUCCUCAAAAGCCUGAUAUCAACGUCGAAGCACUACAGUUUGAGGCAAGGCAAGUCGCAGAACAACCUUAUCUUAACCUUAUCAAACACAUCACAUCAUCUUCAAUAUUCUCUAAAGCUGUCACGCCGAAAUCCCUACAAAUGUUCAAGGACGCAGAUGGUUCUGAAAAGUUGUCGCCCAAGUUGUUGGCCAGCGUCCUUGAUGAGCUAUCACAAGCAGUCACUACCUCUGGAAAAGCCCUUGCAGACAUGCGGCGACAGCUGCGUGAGACUACAGAAGACCUCCAAGCAGCGGAAGAAGAAAUAUCGCACAAGAACAUACGCAUUCAGACGCUUGAAAGAGAGAUGCAGCGGGCCACUGACCAUGUAGCAGAAUUGGAGUCCAUGCCCACUCCAGAGCCAGCAAUUGAUAGGGAGCUGUACAUAGAAAAGGAGCUUUACCUGGCUUUAGAGUCUAAGGUCUCUGGGCUGUCUAAGGAACUUUCUGCGUCCUCACAGCUGACCACUCAGCUCAAGUCUCAAUUGUCGUCCAAAGAAGAGCUUAUAACAAACCUACAGACCCGCAAUUCAUCUCUUCUGACCGCUAAAACGGAGAUUGAGGCAACCAUUUCGGACCAGAGGGUGCAGCUUUCUGACUUGGAGUUACAGCUAGCGAAUUCAAAACACGACGCGUCUCAUUUUAAGACCCUCCUAGAAGACGUUAAGCUGGAGCUAAGUAACGCAAAAAGCGAGCUUGAAACACGGAAGAAGGAGAUUGUAUCCACCAAACGAAAUGCUGAAAAAGUCUUGGCAGAGACCCAUGAAAAUCUAUCCCAUGCAGAAUCACGGAUAAUGAUAUUGACCAAGGAACUCCGUGAGACCCAGGCAGAGAUUGAGGACAAGGAAGAGGAGAUUGCACGGUUGCACUCCAAACUUCGGGAACAAAGGGUUUCCCUAUCUAAACAAAACGUUGACGCAACCGUUGGAGCUGGAGACCCUGCCGAAGCGGCAAAAGCCAAGCAAGAGAUGAUCCUUAAGUUGGAGAUGGCGUUAGACGAUCUGAGUAGUAAGACAUCCGAAUGCAGCAAGAAGACAAAGACCAUUGAAACGCUAGAAACACAACUCGCUGAACUGACAAAUAAAAUUGCACUUCUUGAGGUGACCAAGACUGAUACUGAGCUCAGAUCGGCGCAAACUGCCGAUGCAUGGAGCAAGCAGACUGAUGGUAUCGUUAUGCAAUGCACUCAGCUAAAGGACUUCCUAUCUUCAAGUAAUGCAGAAAUUCACUCUAAAUUUGAGGCAGUCACGAAGAAACUGCUCUACUUCAGCAUGCAUGCGCAGCAAUUAGUGUCCCUUCAUCACACAUUCAUUCAGGAGCAAAUGGAGCACAAAGCAGAAAUAGAAACGCUUCACAAGCAGGAGUCUCUGCUUAGAAACCUGAGAGCUCAAGAUAGCGGCUCCAUAAAUAUGCUGAACACGGAACUAGCCGAUGCUAAACGUUACUACUCAGCUCAGCUGGAAUAUAAAGACAUGGAGCUAAAUAGUCUUCGCGAUCAGUUGUCCGUUAAAAGCAACGAGCAUAAUGAGUUAGCACUCUCCUUUGUUGCUCUAAAGGAAAGCCUCCAGAAGGCAGAGUCCCUACGGUUAGAGCAACAGAACAUGAUCAACGCUGAGGUCAAUGCUACCGAAAGUGUUGCAAUGCUCAGUGUAGAGGUCGAUGCAGCUGCUGAUGUGACAUCUAUGAAGAGAACUGAGAUAAUGCAGUCACCUAACAGAAUGGUUAAUGCUAGCGUAGAGGUCUGCAAUAAUGAGGAGAUCAAUCAGCUGAAAGUAACAAUUCAUUCCCUUCAAGAAGAAAUUCAAGCGCUCCAGGCAGCGCGAGAAGAACUUGUCAAUGAAAAGCAGACGCUGCUACAGCAGAAUAUCCUCUAUAAAGAAGAAAUAUUCACAACUCAUACCUUAAUUACCAACAAGCUUGAGCCAAAUAGUGUGUUACCAACUUCAAACCAGGACCUCUCUGUGAUAGCCUUGGUGCAGCGUAUGAUCGCUAAAAUGAAGAAGCUUGAGGAAGCGUCACUGCAGCCGGUUACCAACUAUAUUUCUCCAAGUAUAGAUGCGCCUGCUGUCGAGGUAUCUGGCAAUAGAAGAGAGAGACCCACAGGUGAUCAUCAAAGAUCAGAGCCCCGGACCUCGUUGGACACCCUGCCUAUAAUUUCCAAUCUCUUGGCAACCAAGAUUGUUGAGGUAGUAGAGCUCAAUCGCAUUAUCAGCGUCAAAAGUGAUCAGCUCGAGUGGGUGGCUGACGCUGCCCUCAAGGCGCACUUAAGUGGCACUGACGUCCGUGAUAGAGCAAAGAUCCUCCAAUUGACGAAAGCUCAGAACAUUAAGGUAGACAUAGAACAGCAUCAAGGUGCCAUUCUGACCAUUCGAGAUCGUGUUCUGAACUAUAUCCUAUCGUCUCUCCCCGAGAAGCAAUUAGAAAGUGGUCAGAUAGCAGAGGAGCUGACGCACUUCAUUAAGACUUUGGAGGAUGAGCUCUCUGACACCAUGAACACUCACUUACGGACCCUUGCUCAAACAAAAGACUUUGGAAUCUCUGCGGUGGAUCAGCACGAUUCAGCAAACUUUAGAGGGCGACUUAAUAAAGCAAUUCAAACUACAUCAAACUCACACGAGAAUGCAACCCUCCAGGAACUUCACUCGCUGCAGAACGACUUCGAUGUCUUGAAUGUUUCAUACUCUAACACCACCGCGGCCCUGAAUGAGGCAAUGCUCAAGAAUCACGAGCUUGAAAGAGAACAUUCUGAUAUUAAAAUGGCCUUUCUGGGUCUUCAGGAAGAAAACAAAAAGCUGUUACAGGAGCAAGAGAGUCUCCAUAAAGACAUUAUCAACCUACGUGCUAACUUCAAGGAAAUUCACAACAAUAAUUCACGAAAUCGCGCCUCCGAUGCUCGUGACUCUGCCUUGCAAGGGAGCACUCACAAGCUUUCACCGUCCAUUCCGCCAAUCAACGAAUCAAUCUCUCAUGGGAUAGAUCUGUUCACUAGUGUAUUUACCAAGGGCUCAUUUAACACUCAAGAACUACGGAAGAUGGCAUUUGAACAUGCCGAGCCUAUAAGUGACUGCCUGAAAUGGUUAAAGACAGCACGCAGCACUUUUGAUCCUACACUCGUCAGCUCUGCACAACGGCCUCUGAAUGCCAGCAUCGUCGCUGUGACGUCAUCUAUUUUAGAAUCUAGUAUCAUUGGGCCUGCUGGGACAGCUGCCUUCAAUCUUUCACCCGAGCAUAUGGUGCGUGACACUUCACUGACAAAAUCUCCAAGACCGAAGGAAACUCCAGUGAAGCUACACUCGUCUUUGACAACCAGUACGCAGGGGAGAAAGAGCGAAGUGUCUCCUAGACCCAGAUUUACAUCUAGCAGCAAUGUAUCGCGCUCCCAGCGAACCAAGGAUACGGCCUGA